UUCCAGCAUAUCCAUCCAUGCUACACUCUGCAGAAAAGUGCUUGCAGCUGGAAUGGUAAAAUAUCUACGCGUAUAAGAGUGCAGGGAACAGAACUGUGAAUGUAAAACAGCGAAACAGUCACAAUUUAAUUGCAAAACGUAAAAAGCUGCGAAACAAUUUCAUAAAUUAAAGGAACAUUGCACAAGAUAAAGUACGGCGUAGCUGGCAUAUCAAAGUGAAAGGAAAGGUUAAAGGAAAAACGGGAAUAUAAUGGAUAUAAAAGAGAUCACAGGAAGGGUGUGGGUGGUGUUAGUAUCGCAGGACGAGAAGAAAUUGGCGGAUGAAAAAUUACUCAAAAUCUCAUCCCCCCCAUUAUUGCCCCCGCCCCCGCCCCCAACGACAACGUCUGAAUAUUUUUGUGAUGACACGAUCGACAUCAAAGUAGAAGUACUGCCAAUCGUGGAGCACAUGGAAUUCAUCCAAAGCAGCCACGAUGACCAACCCGACCCCACGGACCCACUCGCAAUAGAUUUCGAAAAUUCUUCCACCUGCACCUCCAGCAUCUCUCAAGAUUACGUCAACCUCACCCCGUCCGACCCCUUGAGCCCACCCGCACCCCCACCCAAGCCAAAACCGAAACCAUACCCUUGCCCUAUCUGCCUUUCCGUCGAAGUCGAUCGCGCCUUCGCGAGACCUUCUCUCUUGCGCGCUCACCUCAACUACCAUAAACGCGUCGGUCGCGCAAUCCUCACCGGCGUGGGGGUGCGAACUUCCUCAUGCAAAGAUGGGGUGUUCACGUGUCAAAUUUGCAAUGGGCGUACUUUCACUACAGCAAAAGAGUUUACAGGCCAUCGAAAUUUCCAUAGUUUUUUGAGAAAGAAAUACGGAGAAGACAGACCUAUCCGCACCAAGGGAGAAAUGUUCUUGUCGAGUGCGAUCCCAAUACAGGAAAAGUACACCUGCUUCUAUGCCAACUGCCAAAAGGAAAUUGACGACCGCACAAAAUUCUUAGGCCAUUUGAAAUUCCACCGCCGGAAAGAACGCGAAGGUCGGCCAGAUUCGUCAAACUUACAACAGCGACGCUCUUCCAUUCCUCGCUUGGAAGAGUACAAAUGUUCCAAAUGCGAUAAGGUGUACCCAGGAAAAUCUCGAGAUGCUUAUCGCUACCAUAUGAGACGCCAUGACGAAUUGGAGAAAGCGGAAGAAAAGAGAAAACUCCGAAUGGAACGGUUGCGCCCCGACAUUCCGAUGCAAGGCUCGUAUUUUUGUGAAAUGUGCCAAAGGACGUUUACGGACAGACUGCAAUACGUAAAUCACUUAAGGGCCCAUGCCCGCCUGGCCAGGGACGGGAUGGACAGACCAAUUGCGGAGAAGAAGGAGAGGAAUGACCAAGAUGACGAUGGGGAGGAGGAAGACGAGCAAGAUUUGUAUUGCCAGACUUGUGAUAAGAAUUUCAACGAUAAGGGUAAAUUUAGGGGCCACAUGUCUUACCACCGCCAACUCCAAGCAAAAGGUUGCGAUCGCCCUAUCGCAACGCCCACUUCAUCCUCCACCUGGAAAUCCGAAAUCCCCCACAACCUCCCCUCCUACACCUGUACCACCUGCCCCGACCGCUCAUUCCCCACCCGCGACUCCUUCAUUUCCCACCUCAUGAUUCACCGCAGUCUAAAAAAGAAAGGCUGCGACCGUCCCGUCCUCAGCAAAGAAGAAUGGUCCAAGCAAAACCGGAAGCAAUCCUCCUGUUCCGUGUGCUCUCUAGAGUUCGAAAGCGUCCGAAAACUAAACGAGCACGAAAAACAAGUCCACCCAAACCUUGAGCCUAGUCCGCCCCCCAGAGAACGCAUCGACACGUGGAAACACCUCGUUCCCGAGCAGGACACCCCGUACACCUGCCAAAUUUGUCCGGAACGUCUCUUCCCCGACCGGGACGCCUUCAUCGUCCACUUGAAGCAUCACAAAUCCCUCCAAAAGAAGGGCCAAGACCGCGUCAUUUUAUCAAAAGAGCAGUGGAACGAACACCGCAAACAGAUGAAACUUUUCCCCAAUUCCAACCCAACGCCCCGAACUUCUUCACAAUUCCAUUGUUCCACCUGCUCAAAAAACUUUUGGAAACGUGUCACCUUUCGAAAUCACAUGCGGUAUCACGCCAUCCUCCUCAAGAAGGGGCAGGGGGACAGGGUAAUCCAGCCAAGGCAGCGGCACUGGAAAGAAGAAGUGCCUUAUCUGGACGAAUACAACUGCGAUAAGUGCCCAGAACGCAGGUUCGCCGAUCGGGAAGGGUACAUCAGGCAUUUGACGUAUCACAAAGUCUUGGAAAGAAAGGGGAAAGGAGGAAAAGAGAUAAAGAAACGGUUUAAAAGAGAGGAGAUUGAAAAAACUGGGAAAAAAUGUGAUAUUUGCGAAAGAGUUUUUCACACGUGGAAAACGUACAAAGGUCACAUGGCGUACCACACGAGGAUCAAGAAGAUUACUGGACAAGAUAGAAAAAUUGAGAAGAAGGAGGAGCUAACAGAAAGAACGAAAAUUAGUUUAAAAACGGGAAAAAGUAAGACUUUAGUGGAAGAUUUGAUCGGGGUUUUGGAACAGUUUGGGUGUAGUUGUGGGGCUAAGUUUUACUUUAAGGAUGCCCUAUCGCACCAUUUGCAACAAGCGGAAAAGAAUGGAAAUACUGAUUGUAAGGAGAUUGUGGUUAAGAAGGAAGUUCCAGAGAGGGAAGAAAUCCAAGGACAGCGUUCUGUAAAGGCGGAAGAGGUUAAUAAUAUAGAACAUAUUGCAAAAUUAAUUGUGUCAGCACCAAUAGCACACGAGGUGAAAGUAAAUGUACGUGAAGAUGGAGGUGAAUUAGAAGAACAUUGUCCUGAAAAUGAAAUUCAGGAAAAUUUUUCGGAACAUGAAAUGGAAGAAAUUCCCCAUGAAACUGAAAUGCAAGAAAUUGCCCAUGAAAACGAAGUGGAAGAAGAUCCCCUUGACCAUGAAAUGGAAGAAGAUUUCGAAAAUCACGAAGUUUCCGACGACUUUGAACAUCUCGCGGAAGAGACGACAGAUGAUACUGUUGUGGGAGGAAACGACAUUAAAAUUGAAAUUAGUAAAGUGAAUCAAUUAUAUCAGCAGCUACCACAAGAAAAUCAUGAAGCCAGUGAUGAGUGUGUUGAGGAUGAGGACGAAUCGAUGUCAUUCUUUUACAAGUGUCAAACUUGUGAAGCGGAUUCUCCUUCAUUAACGGAAUAUUUGAGGCACCAAUUUCUCAACCACUUAGUUGACCAGACGACUCCUCUGCCCUGUCCAUUUUGCGCCGCACAAUUUCUUUUGGGGUCCGCGCUUUUUCUCCACUGUAAAGAGGAGCAUGGAGAAAUAUAUUUAGUGACAGAAUUCACCGUUGCCUGCCCGGCCUGUGCCGACAUCAUCCAUGUUACUUGCAAUAAUAAUGAAGGCACUCAGAUGGAGCUCCACUUCAAACAAUAUCAUCCAACUAUGGUGUGUCGCAUGUGCGGAAAGUUCGUAUCCAAUCAAACCCACCUCAAUAAGCACAUUGUAGCGGAACACUUGAAGAAAAAGAAGUGAAUAUUGUAAGCAAUAAUAUAUGCAAAAUAUUGUACAGUACGAGAGUAAGACGAAUACACGACCCCAUGAAUAGAGUUCGCUGAAAAAUCAACUCUUUCGAAACAAGAAAGAGAAGAAGCUAACAUUUAUAUUCACCAACAACAGAAAUUGGGGAAGACGAAAAGGGAGGAUUUCAAUUUUAAAUGACUUAGGGAAUUUUCAAAUGCAUUUUUUUGUUUUCCAAAAAAUUAUGUACUGCUUUUCACCAAGACUGUUUUCCCAUAUUCUGCCACCAAUUCAUUCAAUGAUUUAGGUUAGAGAAACAUUAAUAUCUAAAAUUUGGAACUAUGUACAGGCAUAUGUACUAUGUAAAGAAAUUUUGACGUGCAUGCAUAUUUAUAAUAAAAAUUCUCGAAAUACAACUGAGAAAAAAUUAUCGUAGAAUAUUUACUUACAUAAACUUUUACUCAAUAAAGCUCAAAACAAGACUUGCUACUUUUUAACUGAAAAUGUAAAAUUUGCAAAUAUAUUAAUUUUAAUUAUAAAUCAUGUGAAAAUAGAACAAUCAAAUUGAAAAGUUAAACAAUUAGACUUCGGUAAUGGGAAGAGAUAAAAAAAUUUAGUCGGUUUUCAAUUUUUACAAAUAAUUAGUGUUAUUACUUAUGCAAAAGGUUUAGACUGAGUUUCUAAAUAAAUUCCAAUAAAAUGUACUUAAACAAA